UUUUUUUUUCAAUUUCAAUUGUGCUAAAGGGAUGAAGGGGAAGAGAGUAUGGUGUUGUGAAUUUUGCUACGGAGAACAAAGAAACACCCGUACAACAAAGAAAUCCCUAUGAACAAAGAAUCAACUGAAAUUCAGUUCUUCUCUUUAUUCAUUCAUAUAACGAACACCUUAUUUCUCUUUAAACCAUUCUUUGUUGGAAUCGUUCAAACAUUUCGUUUGUUUCGUUUGUUCUGGGUUUUUUCUACAUUUUUCUACAAUUUUCUUAUUUCGCUCUCUCUCUCUCUCUCUUUGUGUCUUUUUUCUCUUUUGCAACCCCCACCCGUCUUGGUCCAUAUCCAAGGCUCUCCUUUUAACACACACACCCUCUCUCUUUCUUUCUUCCUCUCACUACCACUACCAUCUUUUAUCCUCAAAAUGUUGCUCUAUUCCUCUAUAUGAACCAUAAGCAUCUCAAUUGUGUCGUUUUUGAGUCAUUCUUUUUAACAAAAGAACCAAUUCCUCUCUUCCUGCCUCAGAAACCCAUAUUUCUUUCUCUCUAUACAAAACAACAAUCCACCAACAGAGAAUUCACCUACUUGUUCCAUGCAUUGUCCCUGAUUUCUUUGUUUGUUUACUUUUUUCGAUUUGUUUACAUGUUCUUUGAAUUGUCACUUGAGAAAAAAUUCAGGUACCAAUCAUAGUCGGUUUCCCCAUCUCUUUUUGUUUUUCUUGCUUUGCCAUUCGUCUUUCAUUCGAACCCUAAGAAGGCGGAAUUCGACUUCCUCCAAUGGAACUUCCGUAAUCUUCCUUAUUUGGCAUCACUGAAACCCAAAGAAACCAACCGAAUCCUUUCUUGACUUCCGUCUUCCACCUUUCGGAUGCCUUUAUCUUGACUACCCCUUUUGGUUUUUGUGCUUUGUGAGCCAUUGAAUUAUGCAUAAAUGGGUUUCUUUCCUAACCUCAGUUGUUCUUUUUCCUUUGUGUAUAUUACAUUCAACCUUCUUAGUCCGUCCAUUUGACAUCGAGCUUGUUUGUUGAAUUUAUUCUCUCCAGUUUCAACUCUUUAUUUGUGUGUGUUUUUUCUUUUCUUGAAUAGAAGACAGUACAUUUGAUGGAAAUAUUGGUCCUUGUUCACUUUUAAACAAUUAGUUGGUAGAACUUGUAAUUAGGUUGAAGUUAUCUACCUUGGAAUCGUCAUCUUUGUGGAGAAUUUUGUUUUGUUUGUUUUCCAUAUCUAGCGCGAAAUCUUUAGUCUAGUUAGUCACUUGAGUGUGUGUGUGUGUGUGUGUCUCUUUCAUUUGGGAAACCAUAAAGAACGAGCAUGGGCUAUAUUGCUUUCUAACCGUUUCAAAAGAUUUUAUUUUAUUUUAUUUUAUUUUUUUUUGUGAUAUUAUAAGAAGAGGAAAUAUAGGAAUUGAAAAAAUAAAACCUGGUUUUUUUUGAAUUCCUUUUUCUCUUAUUCAUAUUUUUAUUUGUCUGUUGGUCUCUUGCGUUUCAAUUUUGAAAUCUGAAAAGUACUUUCGCAUCCGCAUUUUCUGAUUUUCCGGCGUCCCGGUCUUCUUUUUCCUUUUUCUCUUUUUUUUAUUGGACUAUUUUCUCUCUCGAGUUGUUUUCUAGUCACCAUUGUCCUUUCUCUUAAUGUCUGCCGUUAAUCCCUUGUCUGCUCGUCGUUCGAAAGAAUACAAUCGCAUUUUCAAGGGUGCUGCAGUCUUGACCACCUUUGCUGCCUUGUACCUUGUCACUUCUUCCAAUGGUUCUACCACAGUCAAGGCGAAAGCUUCCAUCAAAGGUCUCUACAAUUCCUCUGGAAACGAUUGCUUUCUGAACAGUGUCCUUCAAGCUCUUGCUAGUCAAUCUUCCUUGACCGAAUUCCUUCAACUUCGUGCUUCUUCUUCCACUUUAUACGCCGCCCUCCUUGAUUUCCUCAAAAGUCUUAAUUCCGGUAGCUCGAAACCCAUCUCUGCCAAUUAUUUCCUUAAUCUUUUGGAAAGGAUCACGAAUAAAGUAAUCUUACGCUCAUUGCAACAAGAUGCCCACGAAUUCUUACAAUACCUUUUGGAAAUCAUCGAAUCCCAAAAUCUCUCCUUGCCCUCUCCUCCCUCCUCUGUCCGUAUCCUCGGAUUUCCUGCACAGCUUCCUUUCAUCGGAAUCAUCCUUCAAACCGUUCAAUGCUCUUCUUGUUCCGCUAAAACUUCCACAGUUUUCAAAAAUACCACCUUGCAAUUAAGCUUUCCCUACGCCCACAAUGCUUCUUCCAUUACCUUGUCCCAGCUUUUUGCUUCAAAUGGAUUCGAACAAAUCGAUGAUUAUAAAUGUGAUACCUGCUAUCCUCAUACCAAAAAAACCACCUCUUGUUUCCGUUUCGUCCAAUGGAAGCGUCCUCCUACCCUGCUUCAAAUUCAACUAGAGCGGUCUUGUUAUACUUCCUUGGGUCUUUCCAGAAAUAAUACCGCUGUUCGUUAUGAAAAGUCUUUUCUACUCCAAAAUCGUUAUCGAUACCAUCUCCGCUCCCUCAUCACUCAUCAUGGUGGUGCAAAUUCUGGUCAUUACAUUUGUUAUCGCAAAAAGGAUAAUAGUUGGUGGAGUGCAAACGAUACCAUCAUUUCUAAAUGUUCCAUUGAAAAAGUAUUGGAUCAACAUCGACAGGUGUUUAUGCUAUUUUACGAAAUGGAAUCCCCUUUUGAAUUGGAUUAAUUCAUUCCCUUACCUUUUUACAUCUUAUUAAUCCUACUCAUAAAUACUUCAGUUAGGCUUUCCUCUCACCUCAGAAAAAAUUUUAAAAGUCGGUUUGGUUUUUUGGUUCUACAUUUCUUAAUAUUGUUUUCUUUUUUUCGACAUCCUUUUCCCAUCCAACUUCUGUUUAAUACUUUUUCUUUUAUUUAAAUCUAUUCCAUAGUUCCUUCUACUUAAUGAUUUUGUUUUUAUUUUUUUUCAUUUUUCUUCAUGUAACCACCGUAUCUGUCCACAAAGCCGCAGCUUUGGCUUUGAGAU